AUGGCUGCAAUCUACAUCGGCACUGAUGGGAUGCGCUGCAACAUUCUUGCAGCCUUUCCCAGCCUUCCUGGAUUUAAGGGACGAGCAUCAGAGGUUACUUUGGUGUUGUGCCAGAAACUGUUGGGUCUGAUGGCCGCAGCCGUAUCGGCCAUCAAGCUGAGUAUACUCCACAUGCGCCUGCUGCAAGCAGUCCACUGCUCUACCUGCUUCACUGCUUGUCCUGAUACACACACACGCAACCUGGCGGACACUCUCCCGAGCACCCGCUCCAUACACCCGCUGCUGGACGCUCUCACAAGCACCCAAACCAGAGCAAAGCUUUACCAAAACAACCUUGGGUUAUCUGCAAGCAAUAGUAUGGAGUUCUUAAGGUUCUCUGGGCUUGGCUACUCAGCUGCUGGUUAUGGACAACCUCAAGCAUUACCAUAUGUUUCGCCUUAUCUAUACCAACAACCACAACUUGAUUUUGGUCUGACACCACAGCUGGCUCUUACUCUCCAAGGUGCUGGACAACCUCCGCUUGCACUACCAGCACAGGCACCAAUGAAUCCUCAAAUACUGAGACCAGCACAGGGACCAAUGGAUCCUCAAUUACUAACUCCUGUACAGGGACCAAUGCAUCCCUCUGUUUUCAUACCUCUGCAUGGACGAUUUCCACCCCAAAUAUUUUUCCAUAAUCUCGGAAUCCAACCCCCUCAAGUAAUGCUGCCCUCUCAGGUAAACCUGACUCCACAGAUCAACCAAGUCCCUAUUGGACCAUCCCAGCAAACACCUCAGUCUAAUCAGCCACAGCCUCCCCAAAAUCCUCGUGACCCAGCAGCCUAACCAGCAAAGGCAGCCAUCAAAACCAACCCACCUUCCAGAGAACAGAACAACCUACCAAUCAACCAGGCCCUGGGUCACCAC